CUGGAGCAUGGGGCCCGGGCGCGUGCGGGCCGUCUUCUUCGACCUGGACAACACGCUGGUCGACACGGCCGGGGCGAGUCGCCGAGGCGUGCUGGAGGUGAUAAAGCUCUUACAGUCAAAGUAUCAUUUCAAAGAAGAGGCUGAAGUCGUCUGUGACAAAGUUCAAGUGAAACUCAGCAAGGAAUGCUUCUGCCCACCCAGCACAUGCAUUGACGAUGUGAGGACUGAGCACUGGGAAGAAGCGAUCCAGGAAACAACGGGCAGCCCGGCCAGCCAGAACGCAGCUAAAGAAUGCUAUUUCCUGUGGAAAUCUACACGUUUACAACACUUGACUCUCUCGGAAGAUGUCAGAGCCAUGCUCACAGAACUUCGAAAGGAGUUCCGGCUACUUUUACUAACCAAUGGAGACCGACAGACCCAAAGGGAAAAGAUUGAGGCUUGUGCCUGCGAGCCCUAUUUUGAUGCUAUUGUUGUAGGUGGAGAGCAGGAGGAGGAGAAGCCAGCACCUUCCAUAUUUUUUUACUCCUGUGAUCUACUUGGAGUGCAGCCUGCAGAUUGUGUCAUGGUGGGGGAUACUCUGGAAACCGAUAUACAAGGAGGGCUGAACGCAGGGCUGAGAGCCACUGUCUGGGUAAAUAGAAAUGGAAUGGCGCCGCCUAAGCCAUCGCCCAGGCCUCAUUAUACGGUCUCCUCUGUGCUAGAGUUGCCUGCUCUCUUACACAGUAUGGACAGUAUGGAUUCAGGCCAUCAUCUUGAAGCCUCUUAGGGGGUGUGAUUACAAAUUACAGGGUGUGAAACAUGAUCUAGUGCCAAUACCAAUGAAAGGUGUUUAUAAUCAGAAAACAUUAAGAUAUAUUACAUAUACAAGUUACUUUGAGUUAGUCUGAAGUCUUUGAGGAGAUAUGUUCAUGACUUUAUUAAAU